UACUGUGUGAGCUGUGAUUGGUCACAGCUUGUCACAUGGUACAAGGCUGUUGUGAAUAGCCUUGUACCAUGUGACCUCUGUGAUCAUUCAGAUUUCACACGUAGUAAGCAAUGAUGUCAGAAGUGACAUCUUGCUUACUACUAUUCAUGUGAUCACUGAUUGGCCAAUCAGUGAUCACAUGAUCGGGACCUCACAGAGAGGUCCCGUACAGCGAUCGGUGUUCUGCUGUGUCUGGAGGAUCGUGUUGCCACGCUCUCCCAGGGAGCUUGCACAGGCUAAAAUGGCGGGCGCUGUUUAUGAACGACAACUCACUCCUGCACUGCUCCCGUCUGGCCGUUAACUCUGCCGUCCGGCCGUUUACAUACAACAGCUGGACGAGAGGUGGUUAA